CUCAUAAAUAAAUAUAUUAUAAUAAAAAAUAUGGAGCAAGACAUACCCUUUUCAGAACUUUUGGAAAAAGCUGAAGAAAAAAUUUUAUUGGGUAACGAACUUAUAAAACAUUUGGAAGACUUUAGCGAAAUACCAGGAGUACAAAAGGUGCAAAGAAAAAUCUACCAGGAAAUCAAAUUCCUGCAAAAAGUCAUUAAGAAUCAAACUUUAAAAAUAAAUCACGUACAAUGUAGUAAUUUGACUCACUACGAAUUCUUGGUGAAAAUUUUAAAACGUCAACGGGAUGUUGUUCAUGUAGAUUGUGGAUUUGCCGUAGACUAUCGGGAAAAUCCUUUAAGAGUUGAUAUUGUGUGUGAGAAUGGCCUGAAAUGGAUUAAAGCAAUUGCGCGUAACUCCAAGUCCUUAACAGAUGCUGCCCGUGGUGAAGCUAGUUAUGGAGCUAGAAGUAUUUUAGAUCAAGCUCAAGAAUUUGUCGAAGCUGCAUCCCAAAAUUUAUGUAUGUUUAAGUGUCCCAAGGUGGUUUUUUAUUUUAGUCAAACAAUUGAAAAUGAACUAUUGACAGCUUUGCAAGAGGAGGGUAUUGAAAUUGCUUCAUUGGAACAGCCGUCAGAAGUAAUAGACAGUUCAGAUCUCAGUAAUGUUAGUACUUUAAAUUUGGAUAUUACCACUUUGCUGGCAUAUAUCAGUAACGUUUGUAAUGGCAGCUGCAACUGGAAAUUCCAUGAACCUAUUUUGACCGAACAAGCGGAGAAGGAAAGAGAAUGCCCACUUAAACCUAUUUUGGAUAAACUUUUUAUGGAUAAACGCCUUAUUUGCUGUAAAACAGCUUAUAAAUCUUUCCAAGACAUUGUUUCUCUACUUGGUGGACCACAAGAGAAACAACGAGCCGAUGUGCUCACAAAACGUAUAGAAAUAUUAACUGAUGUAACAACAAUACCAGAAGAACUGGCUACCAUCAAAUAUAGUGGUAAAAUCAAUGAAAGAAGUUUAUUAAUCUUUGCCUUUGGUAUGCACAUGAAAGCGGUAACGGUGACUUCAAAUAAAGCCUUUGUGCGUUCAGCUAAAAUGCAGGGUAUAAAUGUGCCUGUGUUUACACACCAAGCCCGAGCCUUAACGGAAGCUAAAGAGGAAACUGCCACGCCCGUAUAACAUUUGUAUAUAAAUAGAAAAAUGACUGCAAUGCAAUAAAAAGUAAACUGUGAAAUGAAAUAUUAAAAUAUUUAUUUGUUAUUUACGUAAAAUAUAGUUAAGUUAUUCAUUGAUAGUUAAUAAAA